AUGAUUGCGGUAAGCGCUGGACACGUAAUGGCCUGGGAAUCUGCGACCAGUCAUGGCAUUAACGAUGUUCGCAUUAAACAAAAUGCAGCUGGGCCCUCAGAUAAGAGAUAAACUCCUCUGUCCAUAGACUAACCAGAUUCCGCUAAAGGUCGUGAUGCGGUAGGACUUCCCCCCAGGGCUGUAGCCUGUUUGCCUAGCCUCAUUUAUAAGGACCGUCAAUCUGCAGCAGCCUCCCAAUGUCGUUAUGAUUAAUCCUUCGUUGCUGACCAUUUUAUCUGUAUUUGGUAUUUUUGAAAGUGAGUUUAUGGAAAUCAUGCUGGGGAAGAGAAGUGGUCAGGAGUUUGGAAAAAUUUUCUCAAACUUUUAUCAGCCUGUUUCAAAAAAAAUUUUUUUGCCUCUCUCCGAAAUUCCAUCAAAAUUGCUCAGUUUACAGUUUCAAAAUGUUGAUAAUAAUUCCGUCCUUCUUUUAUAAAAAAAUGAUUUUUGACCACCCUGAGCUCGACGUGAAAACUUAGCGGUUGUGAAAGACCUUCACACUUCUUGCUGCUUACUUUUUCAUAUGCCAUUCAUGAAAUAACUGUGAAAUAACUCCAUGAAAUUUCUAACUUCCUAACUGAAAAACUUCUAACAUUAAUCAUUUAAUCAUUUGCAGUAGUUGACAGUAUUUCGAUUUCUGAAGCUUACAAUAAAUUUCUGGAGCGUGAUUCUGGCUACGAGCAGCCAUAUCCUUUCGACUUCUACAAACCAAUCGGAUAUAAAGGUGGCGAGCCGGUAGGGUAGUUUUGUUAUCACCGAUCACCAAUCUUCUUUCUCAGAUAUGGCCAAGAACUUAUUCGACUUCGGCUGAGUUGUUCUUCGACGAGAACGGAGCGGCGUUUCCAGUCAGACCUCGGGCCAAGCUGUCAGAAAUCCUUGGACACUUCAAAGGCGGCCAUUCGCUUUACAAUCCUCGCAUUAAGUAUUUUGAGGAACGACUUCGAAGGCGUAGUUAA